AUGAAAUCACCACUCAGAAUUUAUUAUGCAAUUCUGAAAGCAUUUGGAUUAACACUUUGUAUAAUUUUCAUAUUACAAAUAUAUUUUAUGCGCACAACUGUCAAAUAUGUUAUCUUACGAAAUCACACUGAAGAAGCAAUUAUUGUACCCAAUAUGGCACAUAUUGACUGCAAACGAACAUGUCGUACUAUUUGUAAGAAUAUUGACAGCAUUCCAUCGAGUAAAGUGAGUGCAUUGAAACCAAUUGGAAAAAUGCCAUUCAAUGGUGAAUUCAAUAAAGAAGUGAACCCAAUCAACGACACAUUUUAUUCACAUGAUCUUGGUGGCGGUUGGAUGUUUAAGGAGGAGACGACGAAUUGUAGCAGCGUUCCACAAUCCGGUGCAGCAAUCAUCAUUGUUUGUAGAGAUAGAUGGAUACAACUGAAUAUUACAUUGUCCGCUCUGAUUCCAGUUCUCCAGAGACAACAUUUGUGUUAUCAAAUAUUUGUUAUUGAACAACAGGGCACUGGUAUUUUGAACAAAGCUCAGUUGAUGAACAUUGGUUUUAUUGAAGCACGUAAACGUUUCGAUUUCGACUGUGUUAUAUUUCAUGAUGCCGACUUAAUACCAUUGGAUGAUAGAAUACCACAUGGUUGUGAUGAAGAGACGAUGGAGAGUGUGGUUCAUUUGAGUGUUGGAGUGAGUUCAUGGAAUUAUGUUUUACCUUACAAAUCAUUGAUCGGUGGUGUUUUGAAAAUAUCGACUUCACACUUUAUACAGGUCAAUGGUUAUUCGAAUAGUUAUUGGGGUUGGGGUGGAGAGGAUGAUGAUUUGGAGAGGCGACUGAAAGCAUCAAAUAUUAUGUAUAAACACAUUGAAAAUUCAAUAGCAUUUGGAUUAACACUUUGUAUAAUUUUCAUAUUACAAAUAUAUUUUAUGCGUACAACUGUCAAAUAUGUUAUCUUACGAAAUCACACUGAAGAAGCAAUUAUUGUACCCAAUAUGGCACAUAUUGACUGCAAACGAACAUGUCGUACUAUUUGUAAGAAUAUUGACAGCAUUCCAUCGAGUAAAGUGAGUGCAUUGAAACCAAUUGGAAAAAUGCCAUUCAAUGGUGAAUUCAAUAAAGAAGUGAACCCAAUCAACGACACAUUUUAUUCACAUGAUCUUGGUGGCGGUUGGAUGUUUAAGGAGGAGACGACGAAUUGCAGCAGCGUUCCACAAUCCGGUACAGCAAUCAUCAUUGUUUGUAGAGAUAGAUGGAUACAACUGAAUAUUACACUGUCCGCUCUGAUUCCAGUUCUCCAGAGACAACAUUUGUGUUAUCAAAUAUUUGUUAUUGAACAACAGGGCACUGGUAUUUUGAACAAAGCUCAGUUGAUGAACAUUGGUUUUAUUGAAGCACGUAAGCGUUUCGAUUUCGACUGUGUUAUAUUUCAUGAUGCCGACUUAAUACCAUUGGAUGAUAGAAUACCACAUGGUUGUGAUGAAGAGACGAUGGAGAGUGUGGUUCAUUUGAGUGUUGGAGUGAGUUCAUGGAAUUAUGUUUUACCUUACAAAUCAUUGAUCGGUGGUGUUUUGAAAAUAUCGACUUCACACUUUAUACAGGUUAAUGGUUAUUCGAAUGUUUAUUGGGGUUGGGGUGGAGAGGAUGAUGAUUUGGAGAGGCGACUGAAAGCAUCAAAUAUUAUGUAUAAACACAUCAAAAAUUCAAUAGGCAGAUAUCUGGCUCAACCUCACCCUAAACAGAGAAAUAAUCUUAAACUUCAAUUAACCAUUGAAAAUAAAAGUCAAAAUUCAAUUGGUCAAUAUAAUACUCAAAAUCAAUUGGUUCAAUGUCUCAAUUAG